UUACACAAUACUGGAAUAGAUCUGCGCCACGGUCCCACACUGAUUAUCGUCCCCCACUGCUGUCAACAUGGCCGGUGUGGUGUGUGCCAAAAUCCUCCUUCAGAGAUCAUCACCAAGGUUAAUCUUGUCCUGCAGAACAAAACCGGGUUUCCUCAGUCCAUUUCUGUCCCGGGGUCACCGUUUGGGCCCGAGUGAUGAUGAGAUGUAUCAGCGUACCACAGUGUCGGUUAUGAAGAGGGAGCCAGGAAGCGGCAUCAUGAUCUACAGCUAUAGCCCCCAAGGAUUCAACAUUGAUGGCAACAAAGUGUUUGGCCCCUGUGCAGUGCUCCCUCCUUCCAUCCUGCAGUGGAAGGUUGGGAAUUCUAACGAUAUCACAGAAGAAAGUGUAUCACUUUUCCACAUGAUUGUACCCCACAUAGGUAACAAUUCAGAGAUUCUCGUCCUGGGCACGGGUGCACGACUCGAACGUAUUCAUCCGUCUGUUCUGGCUCUCCUUAAGCGCAAAGGCAUCGCUGUGGAAGUGCAAGACACGCCCAACGCUUGUGCCACUUUUAAUUUCCUGAUAAGUGAAAACAGGAUAGCAGCCGCCGGUCUUAUCCCUCCGUCCACUAGCACUGCACUGGAGGUGAAGAAGGACUAGGUAGCCUUGCGUGAAGAGCAGUUGGACAUUGGAGAUUCAUGAAACCUCUUCAGCAUGUCUCAUUCUUUAGUCACCAAGAUUUUUAAAGGAAAAGUCACCAGACAGCCGUCAUCUGAAGAUAAAAAGACAAAAAAAAAAACAUGAUGAACUGAAAUGACACCGCUUGAAAAAACUUGGUCGGUUGAACAUUUGCAAGACACCAAUACUGGCAUUAUGUGUAACUUUUUGCUUGUACAUAAACCAUGUUAUGUUUCUAAAUUAUGUAUUUAAACAUGCUGUGUGUGUGACAAUGAGAA